CGUCCCCUGGCGUGUCCCGCGGAGGCCACGCCCCGCGCCCCUCUCUUAAAGAGGCAGCGCCGCGCCGCAGGUCGCGCUGCCGCAGCCGCAACGCAGGUGCCGCCGCGAUGCUGCUGCUCCGAGCCGUCGCCGGGCGCAGGCUCCCGGUGCCGCUGCCGCCGCCGCCCCGCCGCAGCUGCCCCCGCGCCGGCGCCGCCUCGCUCGCCCCAGGCAGCCCCCCGGGCGCGGGGGGGCGCGGGCGGGCGGCGCCGGUGCUGGCGGCGCUGCUGGGCCUCGGCGCCGUCCUGGCCUACGGAGAGCGGCGGCGGCGGGCCGCCCAGGCCACCCAGGCGGCCCCGGCCCCCCGGUACCCCCUGUACACGCGGGAGGAGGUGGGGCGGCACCGCUCGCCCCCCGACCGCGUCUGGGUGACCCACGGCACCGAGGUCUUCGACGUCACCGACUUCGUGGAGCUGCACCCGGGGGGCGCCGACAAGAUCCUGCUGGCGGCCGGCGGGGCGCUGGAGCCCUUCUGGGCCCUCUACGCCGUCCACCACCAGCCCCACGUGCUGGAGCUGCUCCGCGAGUACAAGGUGGGCGAGCUGAGCCCCGAGGAGGCGGCGGUGCCGGCGCCCGCCGCCGGGGACCCCUUCGCCGGGGACCCCCCCCGGCACCCGGGGCUGCGCGUCAACAGCCAGAAGCCGUUCAACGCGGAGCCGCCGCCGGAGCUGCUGGCCGAGCGCUUCCUGACGCCCAACGAGCUCUUCUUCACCCGCAACCACCUGCCGGUGCCGGCGGUGGACGCCGAGACCUACCGGCUGCGGGUGGAGGGCCCGGGGGGCCGGGAGCUGUCGCUGUCGCUGGAGGAGCUGCGCAGCCGCUUCCCCAAGCACGAGGUGACGGCCACGCUGCAGUGCGCCGGCAACCGGCGCGCCGACAUGAGCCGCGUCCGCCCCGUCAAGGGGCUGGACUGGGACAUCGGGGCCAUCGGCACGGCGCGCUGGGGCGGCGCGCGGCUCCGCGACGUGCUGCUGCACGCCGGCUUCGGCGAGCGGCCCGAGGGCGAGUGGCACGUGUGCUUCGAGGGGCUGGACGCGGACGUCGGGGGGGCCCCCUACGGCGCCUCCAUCCCCUACGGCAAGGCCGUCAGCCCCGAGGGCGACGUGCUGCUGGCCUACGAGAUGAACGGGGCGGCGCUGCCCCGCGACCACGGCUUCCCGCUGCGCGCCGUGGUGCCCGGCGUGGUGGGCGCCCGCAACGUCAAGUGGCUGCGGCGGGUGGCCGUGAGCCCGGCCGAGAGCCCCAGCCACUGGCAGCAGAGCGACUACAAGGGCUUCGCCCCUUGCGUCGACUGGGACACGGUGGACUACUCGGCGGCGCCCGCCAUCCAGGAGCUGCCGGUGCAGUCGGCCAUCACGCAGCCGCGGCCCGGGGCGGCGGUGCCGCCGGGGGAGCUGACGGUGAAGGGCUACGCCUGGAGCGGCGGCGGCCGCGGCGUGGUGCGGGUGGACGUCUCGCUGGACGGCGGGCGGAGCUGGCGGGUGGCCCGGCUGGCGGGCGAGCGGCAGGAGCCGGGGCGCGCCUGGGCUUGGACGCUGUGGGAGCUGCAGGCGCCGGUGGCGGCGGGCGCCGGGGAGCUGGAGAUCGUCUGCAAGGCGGUGGACAGCAGCUACAACGUGCAGCCCGACACCGUGGCGCCCAUCUGGAACCUGCGCGGGGUGCUGAGCAACGCCUGGCACCGCGUCCGCGUCUCCGUGCGCCCCUGAGCCGGCGGCCCCCGCUCCCCCCCCCCGCCGCGGCCCCCGGUCCGCCGCCUUACGGCCCGCGGCACGUGAAAGCGGCUCCAUAAAGAUUGCGCAGGUU